AAGUGCUGCAGGCGAAAAUAGAAGUGAGUAAGUACCCUAUGUAGAACCGCCCUGGUAGAUGUACGAGUAGGGCGGAGAAAUACAAGUGAAAUGAAUGACUCGCACCUGCUGUGCAAAGCUGUAACGACAUAAAUAGGGAAAGUUAUUUUGUGACGGAUUUUAUCGCUGGUGCCGCUCCUGCGGUGUGAUUAUGAUGAUUCUCUAGCAGGAGCAGGAGGUGAUAACGUAGUAUUCAUGAUCCAGUGCUGUCGCCGGGUUUUAUUUAUUUCCUUGUAGCAUUUUUCUUUUUGGAUGAAAAGGAAAAGCAAAACCGAAGAGAAACAAACUGGGUCACUUCUUGGGUUUUUAGUUUUACUAUGCCUUUUUCAUCAGUAUUUUCAUGCCGAUCCGGUGAAGACAUAGCAUGAUGGCUACGUACUGCGAUACCCUCUAUCGGUAGUUGUGAAGGAUACAAGUGAUGGGGGAAAUAGAUGCGCAAGCAACUACAGAGCGACUACUUGGCCAAGAACCAACGAGCAUGCCCGCUCGCUCGCGCGGACUGUUGGUGGAACCGCAGGUACAGGGCGGGCAGCCAGGCCGCGGAAUUAUAAACCAGACGCAGCGGAUAUGCACUACAAAAAUGUCUGGGUCUGGAAGAAUGCAAGUCUGUCUUGCUUGGCUAGCAUGACUCUUAAGUCUGUCAUGCACGUUACCCAAAAGCUAAAGCGACAGCUUUAUGUCAUGCAAAAACGCAGUUUGUCAUGCUGGAUAGACAAGAACACCUAGCAACUCAGAAACUUGUCAAGCUGAGCCGUCAUUUGUGGCUUCCUCAUGAUUCGCCAAGCAGCAUCACAAGUUCCCUGACCCAGACACAUUUGCAGUUGAUAGCGGAGCACGCAACCGAGCAUCUACCAGACUACCGCCGCCCAGAGGAUCGAAGCAGCCCGGGGGUUCAUAUGCAUUGCAAAAGUAUCGUACUCGUAUAAAUGCAUUACAAAUUUCUUUGAGAAAUAAAUUUGUAAUGCGGAUUUAGCUUCAGCAAAAAAUUUGCAUGAUUGCAAUUAUUACGAGUGCGAUACUUUUGCACAGGAUACUUCAAGAAGAAAGACUAUGACCUGCAGCUCAGACGUAAUACAAUUUUUCAACCGUUCUUGCAGUAGAAAUGGAAAUAAAUCUGUGAUGCAAAAAGUGGAUUUUGUUUUACCUAGCCAACUCGAAGAACUCUCACAGGAUUGCGCAUGACAAGUUGCGGAGUUCAAACCACACUGAAAUUAUCUGGCGAAAUCUGUAUUGCAAAAAGUGCAAGGCCUUGUAUGCUAGUUAUGCUGUUUAUGCAAGACAAAAUCGGGUCUCAACUGAAACGAUUGAGGAGAAGAUUGUAUCGAGCAUCUGAGCAAGCCAUAACGACGUAGAUGAGUUUUUCCGGGAAGAGAGGCAGCAGCAGAAGAACGAGGAAUCUUUAUCCUGAGCAAGAACGUCCCGAGUCCAGAGUUGUCGUGCAGAUUUGUAAUUACAGCAGGAACAUUUGUAAUGCGCCCCGACCCCAUGGCAGGCAUUUCCAGGCGUGUAGUUUCGGAAUUUGUAAUGCUGUAAAUAGCAUAGGAAAAUGGUUUUGUGAUGCGGCCGUCCUUGCUAAACUGCAUUGUAUACAAUACAGAGCGAAACUUGUCAUGCGUGACUCCCAAAAUUUUGGCCUUGUGUUGCCAAGUUCCCAGUUUGAGUCUGUGUUGGGGACGUUUUUGGACUGGAUAAUCUUGGGAGCGGGGGGCGGACGAAGAAGCCCGGGAUGUCGAGGAUUCGCUGUCUUCUAUCAAAAGGAAAAAUCCCCCCUCCCCAUAUCAAAACGAAGUUUCUGAUGCUGGAUUUGAGUACACAGGUCAGAGUUUUCUUGCUGGAGAGGACUGCACACCCAUAUCAAGCCUGAGUAGAGAGGCUUUGACCUAGACGCUUAGCAUGACAAACGUCCGUGCUGUAGGCCCAGCAGCAUGACAAACCGCCUGCAUAAUGCGGCGGAGCCGGUGGACUUGCCAUCUUGCACGACAGACGCGAUUUGUGGUCACAAAUCAGCAACGCAAAUUUUCGAAAAGCUACCUCGUCAAUAUGGGGAGGGGGGAUUUUUCCUUGCGAUAUCUUCAGACGAAUAUCCAGUGCAAAUAUGUCUGGGUUCAGGAAAACAAACAGGAUUUAUUUUUGUUGCAAUCUCUUCUAGCAUAAUUCCUGAAAAAUCUUCUGCGUUGCAUAGCCAGCAAAGGCGUUACUGUUUUGUCAUGCACAGACAGAGUUUGUCAUGCGUGCUACGCAUCCGACGGCGUCGAAUAAAAUUGUCAUGCUUGGCUGCACUUGAAAGCACCAUAAAAAUCAUCCAUGCUUUAUUAGCAUCACGAGUUUCUAGACCCAGACGUGUUUGCAUUUGAUAGCGAAGAGCUGGCCCAGGUGGAGUUCUGUCUGCACAACACGUUUUGCAACUUCCGUUCCCUUACGCACUGCAAAUAUGUCUGGGUCCUCUGGAAGGUCGCAACUUGUAGUGUUGCUAUUUUUGGAUUGUGAAAAAAAUUGUAUUGCAUGACCAGCAAGAGGAGUCCAGUUUGUGCUACGUGGGGAAGGCAUUUGUCAUGCGGAAUCGGCAUCGGGAAGCCCUCCAAAAAUCUAUGAUGUUCGGGCAUGUGCAUGUACAUACAGGCAUCAUGGGCCGCCCUGCAAGAUAUGCAUGACAAACCUGGCAUCAAUCUUCCACCAGACCCAGACGACACAUUUGCAUUUGAUAUACCUGCGGUGUAACUUGAUUUUUGGGUGCCUGGGAUUCCUGGUGUUGCUGUUCGGAAUAAUGGGGUGCUCUGGUUUUAUAUCGCGAGAAAACAGUGCUACAGUUACACAUUGUGUUGCAGGCCAAGCAAGACAGACAAGCUCUGUCAUGCCGGAUAUGCAUAGCAGCCUCGUUUACGUUUCAUAGGUGUUUUCCCGUAGGAUUUCUGCAUUACAAGUUUUCUUCCUCAUGCAGAUAAAUUUGUGUUGCUGAAUUGACAUACAAAUGUGUAACUGUAUACACUUUUUUCUUUGCAUAUUUUACCUGUGACUGCGCCAAUCCCAACGCGGGGCGCACGGGCCGGACCAGUUGCCUGUGCAAUUGCGAUGUGCAUUGCAAUUAUGUCUGGGUCUGGGAUUCUGCAACUUGUCAUGCUAAAUCUGAAUCAUGUGUAUCAGUUCAACAGGGCCCGCGGUUCAGCAAUGUACCUACCAGUUCAAUACCGCCCCGGGGCCUAAAUAUCCUAGAACAAACAGGCCAUUUGAUAUGCUCGGCGCCAAAAAAGUAUGCAGGUGGAGGAAGGAGUAGGGGGGGCGUUCCUGACCCAAAGGUACGCUCCUGAUCUCAGUGGUACUUAGUCGAUCCGGGGGGCCAGGUAUUACCUGACCCCCGGUUCGGGUCUGUGCCUGCAAUGCCGCAGCGCCGUCGUUUUAGAUGGUGCUGCAGCACAGCUGCGCGCACCGUGAUGGGCGCCAAAGGCCUCAAGUCUGUCACUACAGAAAACAGUAGCCAUGACUGCGAUCGGCCCUAGCGUUCGACCGCUUUCUGUUUGAAACCAUUGCCGCGCGGACAGCUUCGGUCUUCGUGCGCCCAUUGAUCGGAAGCAGCGUCCCUAAAUCCUAUGGCCGGCAGCCGUCCCACCGUAAACAAUAGUCGCGCAGCGCUUCGCGCCUCACAAACCAAAAUCGCGCGCGCGCGCGCCAAAAUACAAGAUCUUUCGGGGCUUGUUGCGUGCACAUACUUUUUGCGACAUAUGGUGCCCGCAAGAAAUGCCCUGUAGCUCAUCGGGAUUCUUUUCUCCCGUUGCCCGCUCUUUUUUUCGGGGUUUGGCACGUGCACUACGUAUGGUUCUGCUCUUUUUCGUAUGCCCAGAACCUUCACGAACUAGUUCGUGAACUGGGGUACACUCUCGAACCGAUUCACAUGCAAAAAUCUGUGUUGCAUGAUUACCAUAAUGCUACUCACUUUUGGUCAAGUCGAGACGCAGUUUCUCAUGCAGGAUAGGCAUGCUAGGGAUCUCGUGGAAUCUGUCAUGCUAGGUCCUCCAUUGCAGAGCAGAUGGGUCAUGGAAAACCUGCAUGACAAGUCCAGCAGUCCUCUUCCAGACCCAGACAUAUUUGCACUUGAUAUGCGAACCCGGAGAUGACGGAACCAGCACCUGUGACUGCAGCUCCGACCAUGUAUGGAUUGCAAAAAUGUCUGGAUCUGGAAGAAUCGGAACUUGUGAUGCUGCAUUUGGAUUCCAAAAAAAUCUGUAUUGCAUGGGUACCAAAGGAAAUGCAAUUCUUGCUACGCUGAGAAGGCAUUUGUCAUGCGGAAUACGUAUCAAGAAGCCGUCAAAAAAUCUUUAUUUCUAGGGUAUGCAUCACAGACAUCAUGGCUCAUGCAAAACGUGCGUGACAAGUGUCAGAAUCUUCCAGACCCAGACAUUUUUGCAUUUGAUACCACGGCCACAUAAAUGAAACGCAGUGGCGAAACCUCAAUCCAACCUACUAUGCAUUGCAAAUAUGUCUAGGUCCUCUCGAAGGUUGCAACUUGUCAUGCUAAAUCCGAACCAUGCAAAAUUCUGUGUUGCAUGAGUGCCAAAAGCUGUCCACUCACGACCAAGUUCUUGGGAGGAAGUUUCUCAUGCAGGAUAGGCAUGGCAGAGAUCGCACAGAGUCUGUCAUGCUUGGUCACGCAGUCCGGACCUCAUGGGUCAUGGAAAACCUGCAUGACAAGUUUACACGACCCUUUCCGAGACAUAUUUGCAUUUGAUACCUACUAUACGACGACUACUUCGACAACGAGUUCGUCGUCCACUACCGCAACAGCGAUUUCAAGAGCGAACGCGUUCCUCCUCUUGUCGGACAGUAAUCCCCCCGCGGGCCGAACCCGAAGACAAGCAAACUAUGCAAGAAAAAAACUGUGUAUAAAGUGUAACUUUGUACUGCAGAAUAUGUUGCGCCAGCAGAGUUCUUACACCUGUCUUCAUGCCAGACGACCAUGAAGUCCUCUUUUCAUGUGUGUUUUUAUUUACAACCCACGCAUGACAGCUUUUCUCUGUCAUGUGGAGCAAACUUGUGAUGCUGUCAGCCAAAGAUGAAAGUUGCCCGAACACAGUUUUUUUCUUGGAUACAAACGGAAAGAAGACGACUACAUUUACAACCUCGACGUCAAAGCAGGGUGAAAAACACGAUGUGAGUACUAGGCCCAUGACACGCAAGAAACUCGUCGACACGUAGUUGUUUACGUUGCAGCUUCGUCGAGAGGGAUAAUAGAGCCCGUUCCUUUCCACUUAAUUAAAGCUCUCGCCCCACAGCUGUGAUACUUAUUUUAUUUCUCCCGAAAAACAAAAACCUCUUCAUCAGAGACAGCGCACUAUUCGAUUCGUAUUCGCUCUAUUACAUCAAAGACAGUGCACUAUUUGAUUCGUAUUCGCCCUAUGGAUAGGAAAAUGAGUAAAACCGAAUGCUACUGAUACAGAGAACAGGCAUCAGUGGCUCGUUGGGUAGUUGUAAGUAGAAAAGCACUUGUCGAAAAUUAUCAGCCAAGACGGCACACAGUAUGAAAUAUUUAUAAGUUUCUAGGCCGAAGCUGAAACUUUUUCUACUAGUAACAUCAAGCAGUGUGCUGCUGGUCCGGCUGUUGUGCUGCUAGGAUCAUUGAUUUCGUUUUCCACUUGAAGGGCCGUGGCGCCGUAGUUGUGUUCCUGACCAAGUGACGGCCUUUUGCGUCCUUGCGCCCGCUCUACUGGCUCGGGCAGCCGCGAAAGAGUGGGCUUUUGGGCUUUUGAGCUUUGUGUAGCUAAAUUCAUAACGAAGAUGUAUUCCUUGUAAGAUCUGGGCGGGAGUGAGUAGUAGCACAAAAA